UCGGUGGCACUCAAGCCACUCGUACCAGACGCGCAAGCGAUUCUGCUGGCCGCGGUUCAGGUUCCUGCCGAUUGCGUCUUGAUGCUGGCGACAGCCAAGUUUCCGCGUGAAGUUGUCCAAGGAUCGCUGCUGCUCACGACUGGACUGUUCUCCGCGCUCGAGCUGCUUUUAUUUCGCGAGGCAGUCCUGGUGCCUCGGGCGACUCUGGCGGCACUCACGAGCAUGUCCACGGGUGCGGCCAGCCUCCUGCUCACUUUGUCCACGGCCGAGCUGUUUCCGACGCGGAUCCGCGCAUCAGCCCUGGGACUCUGCCGCGCCACCUCCGAGGCCGACGCAGACCUCUGGGACCCUCGGCCGAGCCUGGCCCUGGUGACCGUGAUGUGCCUGGCCGGAGCGGCACUGUCCAGACGACUCCCGGACAUCCGAAACCAGCUCCUGCCAAACCACGAGUUCGGUGUCGGGGGCCACCCGACGCCGUCCUCCGACGGAGCGCAGUUCGCAGAGCCGACCGGGCAUCAGCAGCAGCUACAGCUGCAGUCGCGAGGCCGGUCGAGCUCCGAGCCAGGGCGAACAUCCUUUCUGCACACAGCGGAUCUACCAUGGGUGCAUCCAAGGAGCGUACAACACCAAGAAAUAACUGGAUCAAUCUGAAGAUAUAUAUAUAUAUUUGUUUUUUAUGGUAUAAGGAAGACACACACGGCAGCCCAACUCCCGUGAACAUCCUUAAAUAGGACUGUUUAAUUGUGACACUGUGUUCGCUUCACUGACUUUUAAGUAAUGCGAUAAGAGUGCCUCGUUAUUGCAACAAAAGAUUUGUUUCUCUUUUCAGAAGUUAUUUAUGCCAAAUAAUUCUGGUAGAUUUGGAGAUGCGAAAGUGCCCCACUAUUAGGGCUUUAAAGGUGCACUGAAAACCCAAAAUGCAUUUUUGUUUCUUCGUCCCAAUGUCAAAAACGGCUGGAAAUGAUCUCUAGAAAUCACCUUCAACAUUGAAAGGUUCAAAAAAACAUAUUAGCGCAGGGACGAAAUAAAUCAAGAAACCCCAAUAAAUAGAUGGGGAGAUGUGAUACCCAGGUUCUGAUGUCGAAGUGAAUGGCAAGAAGAGAAGGAACGACACAGUAUCUGGAUAGUAACAAGCGACGUUUUCAAGCAUUAACUAUUCAAGGUACUUUUCAGAGUUCCACUGCUGGUGCUCCACUGUGUUAUUACGUUUGGGUUGUACAGCGCAGCGAAAUUUUCUUACCUUUAACAGGACUGGACUUGGCAGCAGCCGUGUUUUGGAGAUUCCAAAGAUAUGGCUGUUAUACUCGAAGACAACUUUCUUUGGCGAUGCGGUCAAAGUUAUAUUGACCGCUUGCACGAACUGUGCAUGUGCAUUCCUCUCGUCAAAAAUGCCACAGAAAGUUGUCCCAGGGGUGUAGCCACCUCUAUCUGUGCGUUCAUUCACGCUUACAAAAGGGCCUUAUAAACACCUGCAAACUGCAAUUUCUGUCUAAAUUGCUCAUCUAUAGCUGAGAGAGAAGUUGUCCCUUGAGGCACAUAACUUCAGGCUGUAUAAACGUACGACACAAUUUUUUUCCCCUUGAAACACAAUAAAUUAUACGCGAAAUGUAAAGCGCCAUCUAGUAGCGCGUCGAGAACUACGUCCGCCAUCUUGGCGGCGGCGAGAAAACGAAACCAGAGACCCGACCGUCAAAGAGCUUAGCCCAUGUAAGUAAACCAGCGGCCGCGCUUCGACCAAGAGAACGAAGGUUUAUCGCUGCGGAUGCAGCGAUAAACCUUCGAUUCGUGCGUGACGUAAACGCAAACAGGGUUUGCAUUGUUCUCUUAUUUUUAUUUGUUACUUCAAAUACAGCUUUUGACAAAAACAAUCGGUGACAACGCGAAAACACAUGCGGACGUUAUUUGGUUAUUGUUCAGAUUAUGCGAGUAAUGCAUUGAUUACGAUAUUUUUCUUUCUCGUUUAGUUGGAGUUUUGUGCUAAAAAAAAAAACAGAAAAAAGUAAAAGAAAUGCCUGUUUUUAUAUUCUUGAGGUCUUUAUUUCUUUUAGGAGUCAGUGCACGGUAAACCAUUUCUGUGUGAAUUGUUUGUGAUUGUCAUCGAGGGUGUUUAUACUGUUUAAAUAAUAAAUUAAAAAUGUCUU